AUGGCAAAAUCAAAGAAGCAAACAAAAGAAGAAAGGCUGAUGAAGAAGCGCCUUGCAGAGAGAAAAAGAUACGAAAUGAUAAAAAAUAAUCCAGAUUUAUGGAAAGAAAAGCAAGAAAAAAAUAGACAAGAUUACUUACGUAGAAAGCAGGAAAAGAAACAAUUACCUAUAAACGAAAUGACUCCUAGACAGCAAAGGUUACAGAGACAGACAUGGAGGAAGAACUAUCGUUCAUAUUAUUUAAAAAAGAAGCGUGAAAAAAGAACAAUAGCGCUGCUAGAAGAAAAUACCCCACCACAAAGUCCUAGCAUUUUGUCAGAUACCGAACCUGUAGUUUUAGAACACUUGGCUCGUAGCCUUCCAGCAAGCCCAUUCUUCAAUAAAAGCUCGGAGUGUAUGAUGUCCGGACCGUCUAUAACUUUGCGUAGCAUAUCUACACAGUGCAAUGAUUUUAAAACGAGUACACCAUCUAAUACUAAAUCUCUGUCUUCCUCAUCUGUUACUUCUGCCAUAAGACGUAACCGUUACCAAAAAGAUAAAGUAAUAAAUGUUCUUAAGAAAAAGUUAAUAAGCCUAACGCAACAAAAUGAACGUUAUAGAAAACAACUUAAAAGAAUGGCUUCAAAAAGAGUUCAAAAUCAAAUCAUUAAAGUAAAAUCCAUUGUACCAAAUACAAAACAAAAUUGUAAUUUCGAACCUUUGCCUAAUCUUCUAAAACAAGAAGUCCGUAUAUUCUAUGAGUCCGACGAAAAUAGCCGUCUAUGCUCAGGAAAGAAGGAGUUUAUUGUAAGGAAAAAAAUACGAAAGCAAAAGCGGUACCUCAGCGACAAUCUUUUAAAUUUGCAUAAGAAAUUUUUGAAAUCUUCAAAUUUUACCAUUAGCUAUUCAACAUUCUGCAAGCUAAGACCAUUUUGGGUUUUGCUACCUGAUUUUCGAUCACGUGACACUUGCUUAUGCAAAUUACAUACUAAUAUGGAUUUAAUCAUCAAAGGAUUGUAUCAGAGGAAGAUAAUACCCGUUAUGACCUCCCAAAAUCUUCUUUCAAUGUUAUGUUGCGACAUGUAUAGCGUGGACUGCUUGCAUCGCAAUUGUUUAGCAUGCAAAAAUAAAGUAGUUUGCUAUCAGGAGUUUGAUAAUUCUAUUGAAAUGACAUAUUGGCAGUGGGACACGAAACAAGAUGUAACAAAAUGUAAGGGAAGGAAAAUUAGAAUUACUGAAAAAGUAAAGAAGACCGAAGAACCGAAAAAAUGUAUUGAAAAAUUUGAAUCAAUGUUGAAAGAGUAUUUAAUGCAUUGUGGUAAUAUAGUUUCUCAAUAUAAUGCUUUCAGAAACUUGAAAGAAAGUCUAAGUGAUGGUGAAUGUAUAAUUCACAUUGAUUACAGCGAAAAUUAUGCAGUCAAGAGUUAUCAAGAAAUUCAGUCCUAUCAUUUUGGUGGUAGCCGUAAACAAUUAACAUUGCAUACUUCAGUAAUAUACUUUCUAGAUGCUGAAAAUAUACCUCAAAUACAAUCAUUUUGUACGAUUAAAUUAAAAACUAUUUCGGAAUAUGACGUAUUUGAAAAAGACUUACUGUUCCCACAAAAUAUAAAAGCCUUUCCUGGAUGCAUGAAAAUGCACCAGAUAGUUUGGAAAUUAAAUUUUCCUAUGAUGGCUGUUCGAAAACUUAGUUGUACGGAUAAGGCUUGUUUGUACGAAGUAAUCAGCUGCAAUCAUAAGAAACACAUUGGAUUUUAUCACUUAGAAGAGGUAUAUCAGGAAAGAAUAACAGUUACACCCUUGGCUGACUCGAAAAGGCAAUUAAGAGAAAUACCUAAAUCAUUUUGGUCAGUAAAUAAUGAAUCAAAUGGAAAUGAUGGCGUAACUGGGAUAGGAGAUCUUGUACAAACUAUCACUAAUAGAACUACAUGUAAAACAAACAAUAACCUUAAUACGCGAAGUGCUAACCAAAAUAAUAAAAGAAAAGUAGACAAACUAAAUGAAAGAAAAGAUCUCGAUAGAAGUGGAAGGACUGAUAGAGUAGAACAGAUUAUGCUAUUGGCAGGAUCUUCAAACAUCGAUAACAUUUCAGAGAUAACUUUUUCAAGAGACGGCGAUAAAGAUUUUACUAUAGAUUUAGAAAAUAUUAAUCCAUAUUUAAUGGAUGACGAUGAGGAAUUUAAUAUCUUC